GACCAUAAGUGGCUAUAAUAUUCUGCUAGAACAUUUUUGUGGUAAAUUCACAUUUAACAUCCUUUUUUAUGUGAAUACUUCGAUAAUAUUAAAAGUAUUUUAGAUUUAAUGAAUAUUGCACACAUCACAAAAUCAUUACAAAUACUGAUUAUACGAAUAUAACACAGUAAUCUAUUAAACUAUGGAUAGCAAAGAUCAGGUGGAACACUUGGUGGCUUUAAAAGUCAUGAGAUUAACCAAGCCCGCCCUGGUUAGUCCAAAAAUUGUGACUUGCGACUUUAAGGAUCUGCCAGGAAAUAUUCUAAACAACUUUUUAAAGGAAGAUGCCACAGCGGUCGUGCAAAUGGAAACCCUCGCUGUGGGACAGUUCCUCCUAUUGCCACAAAGUUUUGGCAACAUUUACCUGGGUGAAACAUUUUCCUGUUAUGUUUGUGUGCACAAUGAGACCAACCAGCCAGUUCAAAGUGUAUCUAUAAAAGCAGAUUUACAAACAAGCUUACAGAGAGUUCCAUUGACAACACAGAACCAGAAACCUAUCAUGCUGGACGUGGAUGAAACAUUGAGUGAUGUCAUUCAUCAUGAAGUCAAAGAUUUGGGAACCCACAUAUUGGUUUGUGAAGUGACAUACAUGUCCAAUUAUAACACCCCAGCUUCAUUUAGAAAGUUUUUCAAGUUUGAAGUUAUGAAACCGUUGGAUGUGAAAACAAAAUUUUGCAACGUGGAGUCUGAUGACGUUUUCCUAGAGGCACAGGUUCAGAAUAUAACAUCCGGACCUAUUAUACUGGAACAAGUGACUCUGGAAGGCAGUCAGCAGUUUAGUGUUAAAUCAUUAAACGAAAUUGAUGAUGGUACAUCAGUCUUUGGAGAUGUCACUUUACUUCAGCCGCAGGAGAGUUGUCAAUACUUGUACUGCUUAACUCCCAAGGAGUCAAUCGCAAAAGAUAUUAAACUCUUGGCGGCCGCAAGAAAUAUUGGUAAAUUUGAUAUCGUGUGGAGAUCAAAUUUAGGUGAAAAAGGAAGACUGCAAACUAGUCAGUUGCAAAGAAUGACACCCGAUUAUGGGGAUAUUAGGAUUACAUAUGAGAAUUUGCCAGACAAGGUUGAAGUUGAUGAGCCAUUCAGUUUCAAAUGUAAGAUAGUAAAUGCUACUGACAGAAAACUAGAUUUGAUUUUAAAACUGCAUUCCCUUCAGAGCUCUAGUAUACUCUGGUGUGGAGUUUCUAACAGGAAACUGGGAUGCUUGGAGCCCGGACAGGGCACUACUAUUGCUCUUACAGCUCUGCCCAUAAAUACAGGAAUACAUAAUAUUACAGGAGUAUCUCUAGUGGAUUUAUUCUUACACAGAACUUAUGAUUAUGAUGAAUUAGCAUCAAUUUAUGUUUAUUAAAAUUUUCCUCAUGUCAUAGACUCAUAGUUGUAAUUAA